AUGGCCGAACAACCAAGCAGCGGCCCGUCCGCCUCGACAAAGACCAAGGAGGUCGUUCGGGUCGACCAGGACGGACACGCGCUGCCGCCGACGCCGGCGCCGUCGACGCCCUCCAAUGAGCGGCGGCGAUACGCUCUGGCGACGGAGCUGGUGUACACGGAGACCAAGGACCAGCACGGAGCGUCGAGCAUGCCGAUCUACCAGUCGGCGACGUUCAAGCAGACGUCCGCAGGUGGCGGCGGAGAGUACGACUACACGCGGUCGGGCAACCCGACGCGAACGCACCUGGAGCGGCACCUGGCCAAGGUGAUGGGUGCGAGCCGGACGCUGGCGGUCAGCUCAGGGAUGGGAGCCCUGGACGUGAUCACGCGGCUGCUGCGGCCGGGCGACGAAGUGGUGACGGGUGAUGAUCUCUACGGCGGCACAAACCGGCUGCUGACAUACCUGGCCAAGAACCAGGGCAUCACGGUGCACCACGUGGACACGACGCGGGUCGAUGCGGUCGUGCCGCUGUUGUCGGCCCGGACGGCCAUGGUGCUGCUAGAGACGCCGACGAACCCGCUGAUCAAGAUCGUGGAUCUCGCGCGCAUCGCGGCCGCAGCGCAUGCUGCCAGCGCGGCUGCGCUCGUCGUGGUCGACAACACGAUGCUGUCGCCGAUGCUGGCCAACCCGCUGGACCUCGGGGCCGACAUCGUGUACGAGUCCGGCACCAAGUACCUGUCGGGCCACCACGACAUCAUGGCUGGCGUGAUCGCGGUCAACGAUGCCGACCUCGGCAACCGGCUCUUCUUCACCAUCAAUGCCACCGGCUGCGGGCUCUCGCCCAACGACUCCUUCCUGCUGAUGCGCGGCAUCAAGACGCUCGCCAUCCGCAUGGAGCGCCAGCAGGCCAACGCCCAGCGCAUCGCCGAGUUCCUCGAACACCACGGCUUCCGCGUCCGCUAUCCCGGCCUCAAGUCCCACCCGCAGUACGAUCUGCACUGGUCCAUGGCCCGUGGCGCCGGCGCUGUCCUCUCGUUCGAGACCGGCGACCCCGCCCUGUCCGAGCGCAUCGUCGAGGCCACCCGGCUCUGGGGCAUCAGCGUCAGCUUCGGCUGCGUCAACAGCCUCAUCAGCAUGCCCUGUCAGAUGAGCCACGCCAGCAUCGACGCCAAGACCCGCCAGGAACGCAAUAUGCCCGAGGACAUUAUCCGUCUGUGCGUCGGCAUCGAGGACGUCAACGAUUUGAUUGAUGAUCUGCAGAGAGCGCUCGUCCAAGCAGGUGCCGUCAGCCUCACCCUGGAUGGCUUCCACGCAAACGGAGCCGGCCAGGAGGCCACGCAGACACAAUAG